AUGGCUGAGGAGGAGGUUGUGGGAGCCGAGGCGGGAAGCCCUAAGCCGUCGGAUCACAAGCGGAAGCUGGAAGAUUUGGAGCCCGAAGCACAACAGGAGAUAGUUGACCUCACCUCCGACGGGCCGGAUGAUCCGAAUGUGGAGCCCGAUGCGGCCAAUGAAGUGGAUGUGCCGCCUUCAGAUGAAUCUGAAGCGAAAAGGCCUCGUCUUGAAGACAAGCCCGAUGAAAUAGCCAAUGAGAAUGGCUACCAAGAGGAGAAGGUAGAACAACCAGAAAAGGAGAAUGAGGAUCAGCUGAAUGUUGAUAGUGGCCAUUCAGAGCAUCCUCAGCCUCCAUCUGUGGAAGUUACAGAAUCAGUGAAGAACCAGCAAAAACCCGAAGUUAAUGAACAACAUUAUGAUAUAAACGGUGAACAAAGUGAGACCCAAAAGCUUUCUGAGAAUUCUGUGGCGGAAGAUGCUCAAGAACCCCCUCAAGAGGUGUCUCAACCACACUACGCUGAGGAACCUCAGCAAGGUGACGCUUACACUUCUGCAAAUCAUAAUUUGACACACAAAAUGGAGGUUCCUAAUAAUAAGGUUGGGGUUCUAAUUGGCAAGGCUGGGGAUACCAUAAGGUACUUGCAAUACAACUCUGGAGCAAAAAUUCAGAUAACAAGGGAUUCUGAUGCAGAUCCAUAUUCUGCAACCAGGCCUGUGGAGAUAAUAGGAAGUUCGUUUAGCAUAAGCAAAGCAGAGAAGCUUAUAAAUGCUGUUAUUGCAGAGGCUGAUGCAGGGGGUUCUCCUUCUUUGGUGGCUAGGGGUGUUGCUACUGCACAGGCUGCUGCAGCCGCAGAACAAAUUCAGAUACAAGUUCCGAAUGAGAAGGUUGGCUUGAUAAUAGGCAGAGGUGGGGAGACCAUUAAAGGUCUGCAGACCAGAUCAGGGGCACGUAUCCAGUUGAUACCCCAACAUCUCCCGGAGGGGGAUGAAUCUAAAGAAAGGACGGUGCGAGUAACUGGUGAUAAGAAGCAAAUUGAAGUGGCAAGAGAAUUGAUAAAGGAAGUUAUGAAUCAGACUGUGAGGCCAUCACCUCUCUCCAGUGGUUUUAACCAUCAGGGUUAUCGGCCCCAUGGACCAGGUGGUCCUCAAUGGGGUCCACGAGGGCCUCAUCUACCCCAGCAAUCUACCUAUGAUUAUCCGCAACGAGGACCAUAUCCAUCCCAUAAUCCUCAUUACCCUCCUGCAUAUGGAAGUUAUCCUCAACAUAUGGGUCCAAGAAGUGGCUUUGGAUCUGGUUGGGAGCAAAGGCCACCUCCUAGCAUGCAGGGGAUGCCUCCGCAUGGUGCUGGUUAUGAUUACUACAGUGGACAAGGACCUGAUGCCCCAGUAUCUGCCCAACAUUCAGCUCCUGUUCCUUCUCAUGUUCCUGGCCCUUCUCCUAACCCUACAAUGGCCCCACCCCCGUCUCAAGCAAAUUACAAUUAUGGACAGCCACAUGGUCCAGAUUAUGGGCAUCCAGCACCUUAUUCCCAGACUGCACCUCCUCAGCAUAGCUAUGGGCAUGGGUACGAAGAACCAAAAUAUGAUAAUCAUGCUCCAACACAGCAUCCCUAUGGAGGGCAUGGGACUUCUCAGCCAUAUCCACAAACUGGAGCUCAGCCAGGUUAUGGUCCACAGCAGCAUUAUGGCAAGCCACAAUCAUAUGGCAUGGCAUCACAGGGGCCAGCUCCCCAGUCUUAUGGCCCUCCUAGGGCUGGUCAACCAGGAGACGCAACUUAUCAGGGUGCUGCACCAGCUCAAUCAUAUGGUCCGAAUGUUACAGCCCAACAACCAUAUCCGUAUGCAUCUAGUGUGCCUGCACAGCAGACCUAUCCUACAUAUGGUACUGCCCCAACUGAUGGGUAUAAUCAACCACCGCCUGUCUCUGGCUCAGGAUAUCCACAGCAAGGAGGACAACCGGUUAGUUAUGGCCAGCCUGGAGCGCAGCAGGCACCCGGCUAUGCACAAGUGGCUCCUACUGCAGGUUACACACAAUACGCAUCUACUCAACAAGGUUACACUGAGCAGUCUGUGCCAAACGCAGCAGGUUAUGGGUACCAAGGGUCUCAAGACCCCGUAUAUGGAGGUGUCUCUGCAUCAACCUAUGGUGCCCCAGCAGCUGCGCAGCCAGGUUAUGCCCAACCAACAACCCAACAAAGUUACGAUCAGUCAGUCCCACAGUCUGCUGGUUAUGGAGCUGCGCCAACUGCUUCAGCUGGUUAUGGGAAAACAGUUUCACCUCAGCCUGGUUAUCCUCAGUAUGACUCGAGUCAAAUGUAUGCUGCUGCACCGCGCUGA